UCAUCUAUCUUCACUUAAAGCUCCAUCCCCUCCACUUCCGGCAACUUCUGCUUUAAUAUCUUUCUUCCCCCAUCAUAAUCUCUUUCUUCUUCUUCAAUCUCAAUUUCCUCUUUCUGUUUCUCUUUACUCUUCUUGUUUGUUUACCAUGAAAUUAACCGCAUAGAUUGUUUGAGGAUAUAUAGAUGGAUGAAACAACGUAUGGGUUCCCAUCUACGAGUGAUUACGCAGACAAGGCUUUGAUGUCGCCCGACAACAACCUUAUGAUGAUGAUGGAUUACCCUUACGCCGCCUAUAACUACAACUACAACUACCCCGCCGCCGACACGAUCCCGUUGUGCGGCGCAUCGACGGAGGUUGCUGCAGCCGACAACGAGGACGAGGAUGUUUCCAGCGUGAUGAUCAAAGCUAAAAUCGCUUCCCACCCUUGUUAUCCUAAGCUGCUCCACGCUUAUAUUGAUUGCCAAAAGGUGGGUGCGCCGCCGGAGAUUGCGACGGUGCUGGACGAAAUCCGGCGAGAAGAUGAUGACUUGCGUAAACGCCGCGGCGGCGGCGGCGGCGCUGUUUCAUCGUGCUUAGGAGCGGAUCCUGAGCUUGACGAGUUCAUGGAAACCUAUUACGACAUGUUGAUGAAGUACAAAUCGGAUCUGUCCAGGCCCUUCCAUGAAGCUACUACCUUCCUCAACACCAUCGAAACUCAACUAAGCAACCUUUGCAAAGAUGAGAGUGGAGGAGUAUCAUCGGAUGAGGAAGACAGUGGUGGGGAGACAGACAUUCAAGAAUCAAUCACAAAGACUGAAGACCGGCAGCUUAAGAAUACACUGUUGCGCAAGUAUGGUAGCCAUUUGAGUAGUUUAAAACUCGAAUUCUCCAAGAAGAAAAAGAAAGGGAAGCUCCCAAAAGAGGCAAGGCAAACUUUGCUUGAUUGGUGGAGUGAUCACUACAAGUGGCCCUAUCCUACGGAAGCAGACAAGAUUGCGUUGGCGGAAUCAACGGGACUGGAUCAGAAACAGAUCAACAACUGGUUUAUAAAUCAAAGGAAGCGGCAUUGGAAGCCUUCAGAAAGUAUGCAGUUAGCUGUUAUGGAGAAUCUUACCGGACAACUCUUCUCAUCCGAUGACUCAUAGACGAGGUUUGAUCGAAGAGCAACCAACAACAUAAGUUUAUAAUUGGGAUUUUUUCCCUUAAUGUUUCGUUAAUCUCUGUAUCUAUAUUUUAGAAAAUUGUGGUUAUCGCUGACAUGAUCGCCAUUAACAUAUUAAUAACCAAAGAAUACAAUCACUUGUAUAUUACUUGUA